AAGUCGAAACCUGCAGAAGGGGAAGAAAGGAGGAGUGAUGUGAUUAUGUUUCUCAGCAAUUGGGGGAAUCGAAAUGUGCGGUUCCUUCCAUCUCUGUCCCACGCAGCAGGCCCGCCCCAGCGCACCGGGGGAUCGAGUAACGGAGCCCACUCGCCACGCACAAAGCGGACGCAGAUCGAGGAUUGUUGACAUUGGUCUGGGCUCCGUAGAAAAGGGAAGGACAACAUGUACCUUCCAACUGCACAUUUUAUUUUCUCACUGGAAGUUGGUGCUUAGUCCACGGCAGGUUCUAGAAUGUGACCAGCUCGUGGUCAGGGAAAGUUCUGCCGCCCACCCGACCGAUGGAGGCGGAGCGCCGGCCGCGUCCCCCCCGCUCAGUGGGCACACCCAGGGCCGGAGUGCGUCACGGCCACCCCGCGCUCCGCACCGGCUUAGGGGGCACCACCUUCCCUAGGAGUGUUGGUAGGAUGUGUGCGUGGCCCCGACCUGGCCAUGUAGCAUCUGUGCCAGGGUUAGAGCUGCGCGGCUGCUUCCAUCCGGGCCGGGGGGAGAUGCCGCAGUGGGCGCGCUGAGGACCCACGGGUGUCCCCCUCCGUCCCCAGGGACCCCUGCAAGGAGGCCCCUGGGAGGGAUCCGCCCCGGGCCUAGUCCACGCGUGGUGUGCCGGGCCGCAGGGAGCACCGAGGUCACCCUGAGGGCCCGCGGGCGACCCCAGGUGCGGGCUGCGGGCUGCCAUGCUUUCCAGGUAGGAACACAUGUGGUGUGGCAGGCGCUGCUCCGCAGCUGGGAAGUGAAAGACUCAUCUGAAAAUGGAGAGAUAAGACCCGUGGGGGCAGGCUUGUGUGACAGAAAGCCACCUGUCCCCUGGGGUCGGCCCUUGUCGUGGAGAUGGAUCGCAAUCGAGAGCCUGAGAUGGAGCUGAGAAGGGGCUCCAGCCCCUCCAGGGCCAGCAGGAGCCCCGAAGUGGACGGGGACAAGGCCGUGAGCCAUACCUGCUGCAUCUGUGGCAAGAGCUUUCCCUUCCAGAGCUCCCUGUCCCAGCACAUGCGCAAGCACACGGGGGAAAAGCCAUACAAAUGUCCCUACUGUGACCACAGGGCCUCCCAGAAGGGCAACUUGAAGAUCCACAUUCGCAGCCACCGCACAGGAACUCUCAUCCAGGGCCAUGAGCCGGAGGCCGGGGAGAUGCGUGUGUCUGAGGGCCUGGACGGCUGCGCCAGCCCCACCAAGAGCACCUCGGCCUGCAACAGGAUCCUGAACGGGGCCACCCGGGCGGACAGCAGCAAGAUCCUGCUGAGGAGCAGCAGGAAGGAGGCGGAAGGGGCCACGUGUGCCCUGGAGGAGGGCAGGGCCGCGGCUCGGUGUGCCUUCUGCAAGAGCGAGUUUGAGCGCAAGAGAGACCUGGAGCUGCACGUGCAGCAGGCACACAAGCCCUUCCAGUGCCGGCUGUGCAGCUACGCGACCCUGAGGGAGGAGUCCCUGCUGAGCCACGUCGAGAAGGACCACAUCACCGCGCAGGGGCCCAGCGGCGCCCGGGCGCUUGUGGAGAAUGGCAAGCCCGAGCUGCCGCCUGGGGAGUUCCCCUGCGAGGUGUGCGGCCAGGCCUUCAGCCAGACCUGGUUCCUGAAGGCGCACAUGAGGAAGCACCGGGGCUCCUUCGACCACGGCUGCCACAUCUGCGGCCGCAGGUUCAAGGAGCCGUGGUUCCUGAAAAACCACAUGAAGGCGCACGGCCCGAAGACGGGGAGCAAGAACAAGCCCAGGGGCGAGCUGGAUCCCAUCGCCACCAUCAACAACGUGGUGCAGGAGGAGAUGAUCGUGGCUGGCCUGUCCCUCUACGAAGUCUGCACCAAGUGCGGGAACCUGUUUACAAACCUGGACAGCUUGAAUGCGCACAACGCCAUCCACCGCAGGGUGGAGGCCGGCCGGCCCCGGGUCCCAGCCGCGGAGGGCGCACCCGGGGAGGACUCGGAGCCUGGAGGCCCCGCGGACCGCCAGCAGCUCUUCCUGCGGUGCCUGGACCUGCGGCCAGCGGACGCCGGUGUGCCCGUCGGUGCCCAGGCAGGGCGGCGGGUGGCCGAGCUGGACCCGGUCAACAGCUACCAGGCCUGGCAGCUGGCCACCAGGGGCAAGGUGGCCGAGCCAGCCGAGUACCUCAAGUACGGCGCGUGGGACGAGGCGCUGGCCGGGGACGUGGCCUUCGACAAGGAGCGGCGCGAGUACGUCCUGGUGAGCCAGGAGCGGCGCAAGCGCGAGCCCGAGCUGGGCGCACAGGGGCCCCCGCGCAAGCGGGCGGGUGCGCCCGGGGACCCCGGGCCGGGGCCGCUGGAGCCCCGGCCGGCCGCGCGCCCCAGCCGCCGCCCCACCGCGCCCGCCGGUCACGGCAAGUCGUCCGAGUGCUUCGAGUGCGGCAAGAUCUUCCGCACCUACCACCAGAUGGUGCUGCACUCUCGGGUGCACCGCCGCGCGCGCCGGGACCGCGACGGCCCCGGGGACCGCGCUCCGCGCACGCGCUGCAGCUCGCUCAGUGAGGGCGACUCGGCCUCGCAGCCCAGCAGCCCGGGCUCGGCCUGCGCCGCCGCCGACUCCCCGGGCUCCGGCCUGGCCGAGGAGGCCGCUGACGGGAGCGGAGAGGAGGGCGUGGCCGACCCUGCACCAGGGGGAAAGCGAGGCCGCAGCUGCUUUUCUGGAGAGGUAGCACCAGCUGUGCGCCCCAGCGGAGGCCAGACUCGCAGACCGGGAGGCACCCUGCUGGAGAGGGGCGCCCGGGAGCCCAGGGCGGGGAGCGCUGCCUCCGCGUCGCUGCUUGAAAGCAGUCAUCGGGAUGCUUCCCGGAGGCCGGGGCCGCCCAGGGUUCCCAUGGACUUAAAGACGCCAGCGCUUCAGCCCAGGCAGGAGGGCCCCGGCCCACGCAGUACCGACUUCCGUCUGGAUCUGGAUCCGGAUCCGACUUCUCCGGAAGGAGCAGACCCGCCGCUCUCGUCCCAGAACCAGGGCGGCCGCCUGCACAGGGAGCCCUUGCGUUUGCACACGGAGGAGCCUCCUCGGGGAGGAAGGCGAGCACCGGCCCCAGACCUGGUCCCGCUGGACCUCAGUGAGCGGUCCACCAGGGCCCACUCCGGCUGCAGGGGCUUGGCCUCCCCGCAGGCGGCUCUGGCCAUCCACCCGUGUCCUUACUGCGACCACAAGACCUACUACCCCGAGGUCCUAUGGGUGCACAAGCGCAUCUGGCACAGAGUUAGCUGCAGCUCUGCAGCCCCCCAGUGGAUUCAGCCUAACGGCUACAAAAGUAUCAGACACAACCUGGUUUUCCUUGCCCGGAGCGGCCGCACGGGCCCCCCACCUGCCCUCGGGGGCAAGGAGUGCCAGCCUCUGCCCAUCGCCCGGUUCACGCGCACGCAGGUGCCGGGCGGGGCGCCAGGGCCCAAGGGCAGCUCCUCGCCCCUGAACGUGACCACCAGAGCCGCCGGCAUGCCUCGGAGCAAGGAGAGCCACCCCGGGGGCUCCUGCGCGCUUUGGGCAGCCGGCCCCGAUGGGCAUUGGCAGAGCAGGCCCGGCCCCGGCUCCGAGCAGCACGGAGCUCCAGCCCUGCUGCCCCCACAGAAGACCAGGCAGGAGGCCGGCCCCAGACCGGGUCCCACGACGGGCGGCGGCUUCAGCAGGAGCGCCACCCCCACGCCCACCUCUGUCACCUGGGCAGGCUCCCAGUCCCCGGCCAACAGCAGGCCAGGGGACAAGUACAUCGUCCCCGCAGUGGGGACCAGCCUUGGCCACCUGAAUAAGCACAGUGCCCCGGAUCCUCUAAAAGCCAAAUUUAGCCCUCAACCUCAGGGUCAGCUGCAUGGGAUAGGUGAUGGGGGCCCCCCUCUACCUCCCCAAGAGCCCCCCUCCAAGGCCGGCCAGGAGCUGCGGCCACUGGCCGGCUGCGGAGGGGGCUCCAGAGGGAAUGCAGCCUCGCAGGGGCAGCCCGUCCUGCAUGCUGCCAAGCAGGAGUCCGUGUCCGAGGGCCACGAGAAGCGCCUGGACAUCCUCAGCAUCUUUAAGACGUACAUUCCAAAGGACUUCGCUUCCCUCUACCAGAGCUGGGGUGCCAGCGGGCCUGUACCAGAGCACCGAGGGGUGCUCCGGACACAGGCCCACCAAGGAGACUUCAUCUGUGCAGAGUGUGGGAAGUGCUUCCAGCAGCCCAGCCACCUCAGGGCCCACAUGCGGGCACACACAGUGGUGUUUGAGUCUAACGGCCUACGAGGCGCUGAAGUCCAUGCCACGUCCGCAGAUGCCCCCAAACAAGGGAGAGACCAUUCUAACACAGAUCCCGUCCAGACAGUGCCUCUCAGAAAGGGAACCUAGAGACACGUUUCCGACGUACCCUGGUGCCCUGUGACAGCCGUUUGCAGCCCCUCGUGGAUGUCCCCUCAGUGCCCCGACCGCUGCGGAAGGACAGCCGGAGGACCCCCAGUCCAACUCCUCAGCUCCCGGAGCCUCCGUGCCGGGUGGAGGCAGAAGGGAGACGCUUCUCCUCACUGAACGUUGAACAAUAAAUGAAGAUGCUGUACUCUGGAGUUACAUGUAGAUAUUCUGUAUGCGUAUGUGUGCUCAUUGGCCAGUCCCAUAUUUUCUUGUAAUAAACAGUGGUAUCGGUGGGCGCACACGAGCACAGGCAUCUAUAUUGUCCAAGACACGUUUGAGACACUGGAAAAAGAUUCUCGUGUGUAUCCGACAGAAUGGCAAAGCCAAGCACUGUAAGAGAAGCCGCUGCGAAGCCGCACUGUCGGGGUCACCCCAGAACAGCGGAGGAGCGAGGGGACCAGGUGUUAGUACCGCGGCCUCUCCCUGUCUCAGUGGGUAUUUAAAACAGUAAAUAAAGAGAGGAAGGAGGUGGUGUUCAGGUGCUGUGGAAAACCAGGCUCCAUGGAGGAGGGCCGGGUGACGGGGCCCUGCCUGUUCAGUGGUUCGCAUUGGGACCCUUUGGGGCCGUCGCAUUUCCCAUGUGCUCGUCCCCUACUUCCCACCACUUGUCCUCAGCGAAUCCGGCGGAGGAAACACAUCUGUGGGAUUGCUUAUAUCUGCUUCGGAAAAGAGAGCUAGUUGAACACUAAGCAGGCUUCUUUGUUUAUUCUCAGGACCUUUUUGUAACAGGGCUACACUCUGCAAACUGCUCACAAGGCAGACUGCCCGUCCUAACAGAUCCUCUAGCCACUGUCCCUCCCAACCCAGACCCGUUUAGUAGUAGCAGGAGGAGCCCUGAGCAGACGGGGCACCCUGGGUCACUAGGGGGCCACUGCUCCGGAGCCUUCCACGCCCCCUGUUCCAUCUGCACCUGCACCUGCCCAGCAAGUCGGUGUGUUUUCCUCUUGGGCCUGGUAACCUCCACAAGACAAGGACCCUUGAUCCCAGGAUGUGGAGGGCCCCUGGCUCCUGGGUGGGGGCGGCUUUGUAUACCUCUUCCUCAGUCACACAAAAUGCAGGUUUUUGCAGUGGGGGUAAGGGCCCAUAAAAAGGAUCUGAAACCAUGCAGUGUACGCAGUUCGAAUCGUAUUCCACAGAUAGAGAUAUUUUCUUUUCCUAUUACUGUGACACUGUGUGUGAUGGUAAUAUUUCUGAGAGUUUCAGAUUUUUGCACAUAUCAUUUUAUGCAUUAUCAAAAGUUACUGCUGCCUUGAAUGAAAAUGUUCUGUGAAAUUUUUUGCAAAAGCUUUACUAGGUUUUUUUUAAUUGUGAAAUUUUGUAAAGGCAGGAAAUGGAGUAAAAGGAGCAUGCUAAAUAUAUUUUUCAAAAAAGCAAUAAUUUUACAUGUACAGAAAUUAUCCUAACCUUUAAUACUGGUGAGAGCGACAGUUUACUUAAUACAGUAAUGGAUUAGUGCAGUUUUUUGUAGGAAAUGGGCUUCUGAUACAAAGACUUGUUUAAACACACACAUACAUACACAAACCCUAAUGUGUUGUUUUCCUGUUCUAAUGAUUUGCUGAAUUAUAUUAUUAUUGUUGUUAUUAGUUAAUGUUUGAUUCUGGAUUCUACUUGUUACUGAGUUUAAAUUACUUGACUUGCAAACAAUGCAAUGUGACUGGCUGGCUUCUAUAUAUACGUAUAUAGACGCAUAUAGAUACCUGUAUAUGCGUGUAUAUAUAUUUCUAAUUUUUUUUACUUACCUUUUCAUGAGAUUCUUACACCAGAUUUGUACCAGAAUGAUAUGUCGUGUGUUGGUGUCAUUAGGAAUGUCUGUGCAGAUACUAUUAAGUGACUGUAAUUGAUGUUCUGUAAAGUUACUUUGAGCAAAAUUGCAGAGAAACAUCCUCCUGUUCUCCUUAGAAAUCUAAAUGCCUUUCUGUUGACUUCUGUUUGACCACUUUGAUAGUUUUCCCAAAGUGAUAAUUUCUGCAUUUUCUGGCUUUGGUUUUCUUGGCUGGAAGUGAACGGUGAUAGUUCAGGAACCCACAGGGGCCAGGGAUUCAGUCCUGGCUGUUUCUCUGUGUUUCAGUCAUUAGAAGGAAUCCUGUCCCCAAAGGGACACGGAGGUGUUGGUACAUCCUUACUGUGAAGGAGCGACAGCCAGGAGCCCAGCUGGCCCUCAGAGCUGGACGUACCUUCCCGGACCCUCCUUCCCAGGGAGCCUGGUGGAGAAAGGGCUGUGUUCGGGGUCCCGCUGGCAGAGCAUGCAGCCCAAGUCAGUUGGAAUAAUCGUGUGCUGAGGACAGCACCGUAAAUAAGGUUUUCGCUCAGCCAGGCAGACAGACAGGAGGGGCUCCCCGAGAGUGCCUCGCUCCCAGACCAGCUCUCCAGCCUGACUGUGGUUUCUUCCUUCCACUGAUCGUCAGUAUUGUAUUGGUUUCUUAAUGCGUGUGUCAGUUCAACCAUAGUAUUUAAUAUGAUUUGUGUUUUCUUAUUUAUUUAGCUAAUAUGUUUUGAUUUGCUUUUUUUUUCGAAUGAUGAUUUCCGCAUGAUCUCUCCUGUUAAGUCACCUUCUGACUGUUACAGAUUUUCUACUACCUCCACCAAUCUGCUGUUUCCUUGUUUCCUAACAGGAUUUUUACAGUGUUGGCGUCUAAUGUAACUUAGACAAUAAAGGGUCUGGUCGUCUGCACCGCAGCCUCUCCGUGUAUCUGCCCCGCCCGCUGCCCGCCGGCUGCUCCCGGUGCGGCCCUGCUGCUGGCGCUUCCCCUCGCUCAGCUCUUAACUCUCUGUUGAAUUCAAGUAACACACAGAUAAUGAGCUUAGAGAAAUCUUUCAGGUUAUUCACUCAUAUUCCUUAAUUUGAAGAAUGAGCAUUUAAAACCUCUGAAAAAUGAGCUGCUGUCUUUGGAAGAUCGUCAGCUGCUGGUUCUGUCACUUUCUGCCUGGUUCCUGGGAGGUCUCCUGGCAAAUCUCAGAUGGAUAGGUUUCACCUUGCUCAAAACAAAAACACAAUACACAAUUUCAAGCCAAGUGGGCCUUUUGCCUUUUUGGUUUUGAAAAGUAUUAAAUGCUUUAAGAGGUCCUCCCCCACCCCCUCUAUUUACUUAUUUAUUUUUUUAAACCAAGGAAGACACUGGUUUCCUGGACAGAAGGUGCUCCAGGAAAUUGCACUGGUAAUUGCAUGUGGCCAUUAGGCACCGUAAAGGAACACAUUUGUGUCUGGUGUGCCAACAACCAUCUCCAAACUUGGCCACCAUACUACAGGUUAUGUGAGGUCACUUACCCAUCAUACAGAGGCACUUGCUGUCGUGAAUUUGACAAUUCAGUCCCUUUAGGAUGUCUGGCUUGAUGCAACAUGCAGCAGGUCUCACCUCUCUGUUAGCUUUCCAGGGAGCUGGCUCAGGGUGCUUUGCGUGCUUUCCACCAAGAGCAGCGUUGCCCACAGGCUGAGUGUCCUCUGGGUCCCAGGGCAUGGCUGCAGCCCUCUGUGCACCUCCCAGGCAGCACAGUGCCUUGAUUUGUGUGGCCAGAUUCUCCUCGCUGACAUUCCUUCUUUAAAAAGACAGGUUACCAUCCCCCAGGCUUGAGAGGUUUCAAUAACAUGGAAAAAGGAUGCAUUUGAAAUUUUGUUUGCAUUUUCAAAAUGCCCCUGUCUGAAGUAGUGCUUUAUUGCUUUUAACUUGGGUGUGUUCUGAUCACAGAACAUUUUAUUCACUGAGCAAAAACAAAACCGCAGGCCAGGACUUGGGAGGACAUGGUUUGGGGGCACUCCAGAGCCAGGCAGCUUGCCCGUGAGAAGUGACCGAGGGAAAAUGUUCAUUCUUUGUGGACUUUGCUAAUUAUACUUUGAGGCAGUGAAAUGCAAAAGACCAUAGAAUUUGUAUUUCUUUUUUAAAAAUACAAUUUAUAACAUUAUAUUUUGUACUCUUUAUAUUAGAAUUUGUAACUAGAUUGAUGUAUUUAACUCUAUUUCUGAAAAAAAUAAGUCAAUGUUUCAGUUAUGUGAUAAAAAGUAUUUAGAUAAAACAUAUUCAUUCUAUUGGAAUUUGAAAUCAAUAAAAACAUCUUGGAGU